AUGGGGACGAAUUAUGCUGUUGAAGUGGCACUGCACGCUCAUGCAAAUCUCCUCUAUCGUGCAGGUUGCUUGCGAGAACAUGAGAGAGUUGCUUAUCGCAAAGUUUUUCCAAAAGGCCCCGGGUUCGAUCUGUUAUGUAUCGAUGACCACGUCUUCCUACUAGUGAUCGACCUGAGCGAGGUUGGUAGAACACCGAGCCCCAGCCGACGAGAUGCGAAACUUUUUGCACAGGCCUCUGAGGCUUACUUGCGAGCCGGGCUCCGGGUCUCCGCCAAAAAGAAGGUUCGGAAUGCGACUCAGGGAACAAUCCGCGGGGAGCUGGAUGGUAUCCGGGGUGACCUCGCUGCACCACGAUUGCGCACUACGGCUCUGGGAUGCCUCACUUUCCAGCUCGUGCUUUUGGGUUUCUGUACCAAGGACCUCCUGCAAUGCAUUGUCGGAUGCUGGGUUUUCGUUUGCAUGUUUCGGCGACCGUUCAUGUGCUUAUUGACCCAAGUGUAUCACGAGAUGCGAGACCGAGCUGGAAGUGAGGUGUUCAAAUUGUCGCACGAUGCUAGGCAAGAGCUUUUGGCUUUGGUGCUUUUGAGUCCUUGCAUUUUCACUGAUUUGCGAGCUGCCCCACUAGAUCGCAUAUUCUGUACGGACGCUUCUGGAUUCGCAGCUGGUGCUUGCCAAAGCUCGAUCAGCCGCGCUGCUUGCCUAGACCUUUUGCGGUAUGCGGAUCACAAGGGCUACCAUACAGCUCUUCUUCCGAAGUCUGCGGAGCUCAUUGCACGCCUAGGCGACCAAGGUGGUUUUGAAGCUUUACAUCAGGAUUUGCCGCCACAACUGACUGAAGGUGUGAUCUUUGACUUGGUCGAAAUCUUUCGAGGUGAAGGGAACUUGUCUUUGGUUGCAUCCGAGUUUGGUUUACGCGUCCAUCCUGGUUUCGAUGUUUCGGACGGGCCUAGCGGCGACGUGAUGAGCUCAGCUUGCUUUGACCAGAUUGCAGUCACCUCAGACUUGAGUUCCUUCACUCGAGCUGGUGCAAAACUUUUCGGUGACGCGCGGAUUUUGGAGCUUCAGCUUCCUUCGAUUCAGCUGCUCAGGCAUCGUGAUGUUGACGACUCCCGCCCAGCUUCAACUCCCCCUAGGUGGAUCGCGGACCUAGGGAGCUGUUUGCCCUGGAAGACACUCUUCCAGUACAGAUUCGCGCGAGCAAACCACAUCAACAUCAAUGAAGAACUGUCCUACCGCAGUCUCGUCAAGCACCUCGCCAAGGUCGCGGCAGAUCAUCGUUUCGGCAUCCUUCUAGACAGCAGGGUUGUCAUAGGCUGCAACACGAAGGGGCGAUCUAGCAGCGCCAAACUCAACUACUAUUUGAGUACUGGUCUUCCGUACCUUGUCGGUGGCAAUUUAUACCUGUCGUUAUUUCAUGUCGGCACACACGAGAAUGCAGCGGAUGAUCCAUCUCGGCUAAAGCCCUUGAGACCGCCUUCUGGAUGCUUGCCACUCUGGCUUAGGCGCUUCUUGGCAGGCGACACUCGGUACUUGGCAGCAGUCAAGCUAGCCGACGAUCGUCGUGGCCCCGUCGGCGGUUGGUCGCGGCUCGUGGUUCUGCUGAGUCUGCUUAGCGCUGAUGCCUCGCCGCGAGACCAACUUUUUCAGCAGUUUCGUUCUUGGGCCGAGCUGGAGCUUGACUGCUCUUUCAACCAGCUUUGCAGCACAGGUUUGCUUCUUUGCACGGUUCUAGUUGCCUACGGCAAGUUUCUUUUCUACGGUGGUUCGCCUAGAUAUAUUUUCUCCGAAACAAUCAAUGCAUGCACUGAUCAGUUCAAACACUAUCGGCAAUUCUUUUCUGCGGCGUGGUCGGUGCUUACGCGCUGGCAAGAGGAAGAGCCAGGUGAACGAUCCAUGGUCAUACCUGUGUCGGUAUUUAAAGCCGCCGUUGCUCUGGCGCUCCUUUGGUCUUGGCCACUUUUCGCUGCGGGGCUGUUGCUAGGGUUCAACGGCCUGCUACGACCUGGAGAGUUUCUUUUGUUGCGGCGGCGUGAUCUAAUCCUGCCGCAGGACUUACUGACUGACCUGCCGUUAGCAUACGUCAGGAUCGUGGGCGGCAAGACCCGCCGAUAUAUGCAACGACAGCAUGCAAAGAUUUCUGACGCCAUCACGGUGAACUUCCUGAGUUCUUUAUUUGGACAUCUGCCUCCUGAAGAGCCCUUAUUCAACUGUAGUCCUUUUGUUUUCCGCAGUCGCUGGGACGCCAUCUUCCGACACUUAGGUGUUCCCACCUCUGACGGGCCCCAAGGCGUGACACCGAAGUGCUUGCGUGGCUCCGGAGCAACAUGGAUGUAUCAGCUGACUGAGGACAUUCCGCGAAUUCAGUGGCGGGGCAGGUGGCAACAGCGGAGGACUCUGGAACAUUGCCUCCAGGAUGUCGCUGGUCAGCUGCUUCUGGCAGACUUGGCAGAGAGCCAUCGCUUCCAGAUCGUUCGAGCUGGCCCGCUUUUCUGCUUCGCUGGUGCAUAG